AUGGGUCAGCAGGUGCCCGUCAGCCCCCCCAGCAGCCCCUCCUCCAGAAGUCCCUCGCCGCCCUCCCCCUCGAACCCCAGAGACGACCCCAGCAAGGAGGAUGAGAAAGGUAACGACUGCUUCUGCUUCCAUGAGAUAAGUAAAGCGUUGCUAUGCCUUCCGUUUCUACAUAACUCUCCUCCUCUUCCAGUCGGCCAGAGUCCAGUGGAAGCCCCCAGCAGUAGUUCCUCGCCUCCCCCCGCGCCGGCGACGCACCCCACGCAGCCCCCAGCGGAGGCACGGCGAUACAGGACAGCCUUCAGCAGGGAGCAAGUGGCGCGCCUCGAGAAGGAGUUUUUGAGGGAGAACUACGUGAGUCGGCCGAGGCGCUGCGAGCUGGCGAAGGAGCUGGAGCUGAGCGAGUCUACCAUCAAGGUGUGGUUCCAGAACAGACGCAUGAAGGACAAGCGACAGCGGCUGGCGAUCACGUGGCCCUACGCCGACCCCGCCCUCGCCGCCUACCUCCUGCACGCCGCCGCCGCCACGGGAGUAUACCAACCCUACGGAGCGCCCUCUGCCCUAGCCACACUCGCCCACACCCCCUGGAACCCCGCCGCCGCCCAGCCCUACACGCCCCCUGGCCUGCCCUACGGCUUCACCCACCAGUCGCCCGUCACCCCGAGGUUCAAUCCAUACCCACGCCCAGGGAUCCUCUCCCCGCCCUACUCCCUCCCGCAGAACUCCCCCCCACACUCCCUCACCCCGCCUCUGCCCUCAGCGCCGGCCCCCCGCCACCUCCCUGCCUGCCCCAGCCACGCCUCCCUCAAGGACCCCUGCAUGUGUGGCCUCAUCUACCCCCCAAGCCUUACCUCCCACGCCUCCAUGCUCCCCUGCAGCUCCUACCACGCCCCCUCUAGCACAGCGGCCCCUUCCACUCCCCAGACCCCCGUCACCACCACCAUCAGCUCCUGCAGACUCCAGUCCUCCGCGUCGUGUUCAGCGUCUCCCGCCAGCACGCGGCAGCCGCCCAGACUCUUCAAGCCCUACGACAAUUAACCUUCUGCCCCCAAGCGCCUCCGCGGUGCAGUGGUUAGCGUCCCUAAUUAAGAAUCUGCGGGCCUGGGUUCGAAUCCCGGCCUGGACAGUCGGAGUGCGGCCCAACAAGCGGUUUAUCCUUCCUUUCGGGAUAGUCGUUAAAUGGGUACCUGGGGAAACCUGGGAAAGGUAAACUGUGCUAACCCGGAUGCUGCAGUGGCCGUGUCGGAUGAAUGGCUCUCUCCCACCACAGGCUCAAGGGCCAACGGGACGGAGAUGAGCACCGCCGCCACGCGCAGUUAUAGCGUGUGCUCCAGCUUUACCUUCCCAUCCCCCACUCUUCCAUCCCUGCUGCUUCCCCUUCCUCCCCAUCCCCUCCCC